ACGUUUUGGAAUUGGCAAAAUUUUCGUAAACACGUAGAACCAUGCAGAGGCGUCGAGUGGAGAACUUGUACCAUGUUCUGAACGUCCCCGCCAAUGCCAGCGAUCAGGAAAUCAAGAGCGCCUUCAUCGAGCUGUCCAAAAAGUACCACCCGGACUCCAACAGCCAGAGCUGCGACCCCGAGCGGUUCUCGAGGUUGUGGGAGGCAUAUAAUACGCUGCACAGGCCCAGCACGCGGAAGCAGUACGACAACAGCUUGAACAUGAAGCAGCAAAGGUACUUCCAAGCGGACAUACUCCAGCAUAACGUUUGCAGGGACUGGCGGCAGUUCCACACCCAGAUGCGCAACAGGCAAAAGAGCAAAUGGAUGGGAGAGCGGAUGGCGGCUGCACCUUUGGCCAGUUCGCUGCCCGUUAAAUCGGCCGUGCAGGACCUGAGCUCUGGCUGUCUUAUCGUGAACAACGGUACAGCACUCAGGUUCAAGUGGUGCUGCACUGGAUUUAGCCUGGUCAGCGGACUCAUCCUGAUCUCCUUCAAGGUGUGGCGCGGCGAUCCCUGGACGGAGCGGCACCCAAUUCUGGUGGACACUAGAUCCACGCCACUUCGCCGAGACAAGCCGCCCUCCAGCACGAUGUUAGAUCUCGUGUGGGCAUGUCCCUAGACCACCCACUGCCGGGCUGAGGCAUGUCACCUGCCUUGUUCUAUCUUUCUACCAGCGUGUCGAGGCAUCUCAUGCAUAUGCAUGGGAUGCCUCUAUUAUUUUGUUAGAUUU